GUGCAUAAAAACAUGGCCGAUUUGAUAUUCUGAUGUCUAUGUCGGAGAAAGCGUUAUUUUCUUAUAUUUUAAUAAUUAAUUACUUUUUAUUUAGUAUAGUCUUUAGUUAAGUGUUGUAAGUUUGAAAGAUAUAUUUUGUUAAUUAUUACUAUAAAGUAGCCGUAAAACGUGUGUGUCAUAUUAAGAUCGUGAAAAAAAUUUUGGUUUGAUGAUUCCUAGUUUGGUUGGAACAGUAUAGCGAGGUGCGAUGUCUUUUCCACCUCGGCCUCCGAUGGUACCUUAUGGGAUAGCACCUGGAGUCGUCACAAUGCCCAUGGCAACACACGUAAUGGUGGGUGCAUAUGGCACUAGCAAUGUCAGUAGUGGUCGGUCAGCUCUACUGCCAGCCCCCGUCCAACCCCCGACUCCUGGGAAAACUCUCCAGAGACAGAGAUCGACCAAUGGAGCUAAAGACGAUGGACCACCAGUUACUGUAUUCAUAGGGAACAUAUCGUCCCGAGCCCCGGACGCCAUGAUCCGCGCCCUGCUGGCGGCGUGCGGCGCCGUAGUGAGCUGGAAGCGAGUGAGUACGUUCGGGUUCUGUGAGUUCGCGGGGCCGGAGGCGGCGCUGAGGUGUGUGAGGCUAUUGCACGAGCGACCGCUGGCCGAGAGGAGGCUGCUGGCCAGGACCGACGGCAAGAUGCAGGCGCUGGUCGACACAUACAAGACCGAGCAACGUUCCCGCUUGGAGGAGGCGGCUCCCGACGGCUCGUACCUGGACGCGGCCCAGCGAGCGCUGGACGAGGCGGCGGAGAGGCGACUGCAACAACUGUACACCGACUACCAAGACGACAUCAACAACUACGAGCUCUUACAGAAAGAGGAGGCGAUAUCUAAAACGGCGCGCGUGUUGGAGGAGGCGGACAUCUCGGAGGAGAAGCGCGACGUCAUCCAUCGAGAGAUCGGCAAGUUCCGCGAGAGCAUGAAGGAGGAGGCCGAGGUGGUGGUUCGUCGGAAAAGGGACAAGGACGACAAGGGAGACAGGGAGAGAGACAGGGAGCGGGACCGGGAUAGGGACAAGGACAAGGAACGGGAUAGAGACAAGGAGCGGGAAAGAGACAGAGACCGCGAGCGAGAGAGGGAGAGGGACAGAGACAGGGAGAGGGACAGAGAGAGGGAGAGGGAUAGAGAUAGGGAGAGGGAGCGGGACAGAGACAGGGACAAGGAUAAGGACAGACGUCGCAGGAGCCAUUCCAGAAGCAAGGAUCGACGCGAGGAGAGGGAAAAAGAACGGGAGAGGGAGAGGGAGGAGCGGGAUCGAGAGAGGGAAAGAGAGAAGGAGCGGGAGAGAGAGAGAGAACGAGAAAGGGAGAGGGAGAGGGAAAGAGAAAGGGAGCGAGAAAGAGAGAUUCGCGAGCGGGAAAGAGAAAGAGAACAACGAGAGAGGGAGAGAGAGAGAGAUAGGGAGAGGGAGAGGGAACGGGAAAGGGAACGAUCCAGGGAGAGGGAGAGAGAUAGAGAGAGAUCACGAGGACGGAGUGAGGCGGACGGCAGGAGAGAGAAGGAGAUAGAGGAAGAGAAUAGAGAUAAGAAGAGAUUGGAGAAGAAGGCGAGGGAGAAGGAGGCCGCGUAUCAAGAGAGGUUACGUAACUGGGAGAGUCGGGAGAGACGUAAAGCGAAGGAAUACGAGAGAGAGAAAGAGAGGGAGAGAUGCCGAGAAGAAGUGAGGGAGAGAGAGGCGAAGAGACUCAAACAGUUCCUAGAGGACUACGAUGACGAGAGAGACGACCACAAGUAUUACAAGGGUAAGGAACUUCAGCGGCGUCUGGGAGUCCGGGUACGAGAGGCCGAGGCGGACGCCAGGGAGCGGACCAAGGAGCAACAGGAGCUCGAGGAACUCAAGAAGAAGAUAUACGGAGACCGAGGAGACGACGAUCCCGCCGCUAGGCAAGACUACGAGAAGGCGCGGGCACAGCGGGACGAGAUGUACACGCCGCGGCUGUUGGUGGACGCGCGCCUCGCACACCACCAACAGCGGCUGAGAGAGGACGCGCGCGCCCGACAGAGAGAAGAUGACCGGAGAGAGGGCCGCGAGAGACUCGCCCGGGACAGGGAGCGGUAUCUGAGGGCGCAGGCCACCAGGGAGAUACCCACCGAGGUGGAGAACAUAGACUCCGACGACAGUGGUGGAGCGGACGCCGGCGACGCAGCACACGAGUCCCCUGCCAUGGAGGUGGACUCUCCGGUGGGUUCACUGACCCCUCCCGCCCCGGACGACACCAGGAGGCGGCACAAGAAGCACAAGAGACGGUCGGACAACACGCCCAGGACGCCCGCGCCCAGCGAUACGCCGCCACAGCACGGAGUGAGACAGAGUGACGGCGGCAGCACUCCCCCCCGCCCGCCGUCUCCCUCCCACGAGCGGUACAACUGCUCGGCGCCGCCGUCGAACGUUCAGUCAGCGCCGGCCGAGGCCGCCUCGCCUAUCAGCAUCAGCUUCCGGACCAGACACAGCCCCUCCAGGGAAUUGUCCAGAGGUGACCGCCGCGGCGUGCUGGCGGCCUUCGCUGACGACGACGAUCAUAGAGUGAAAGAGAAGAAGGAGAAGGAGAAGAAGAAGCCGGAGGAGAACAAGUGCGCGGAGGAGAAGAGGAGACACAUAAAGAGUCUCAUAGACAAGAUACCCACACAAAAGGAGGAGCUGUUCCGGUACGAGCUGGACACGGAGCAGAUCGACAACACGCUCAUGGACAAGAAGAUACGGCCCUGGAUCAACAAGAAGAUCAUCGAGUACAUCGGCGAGCCCGAGCCCACGCUCGUCGACUUCAUCUGCAGCAAGGUGCUGGCGGGCAGCAGGCCGCAGGGCAUCCUCGACGACGUGCAGAUGGUGUUGGACGAAGAGGCGGAGGUGUUCAUCGUCAAGAUGUGGCGCCUGCUGAUAUACGAACUGGAGGCCAAGAGAGCCGGCCUGCACAAGUAGACACGACGACACGACGCUACGACACGAGGACGCUACGACAGGAAGACACUUAGAAACUAUGACACGAGGACAUAACGACACCUGGACACCUCUAUGCUACGAUAUUCGGACACUAGGAUAUUAUGACUUUUUUCCACUACGACACUUCGACUCCUGACGCUGAACACUUGGACCACCGGCCAGGGCUCGCGGUAUUACUUUUGUAUGUUUUGAUAUAAAUUGUAAGACGUUAAUGCAUCGACCGCUGAGGUGUACAGGACGUGGCGAGGGUUACAGAGACAGAAAUGUGAUGCAGUGGUCGGACACCUUGUACAUUUUGAUAGACGAAUAAUAAUAGGAACCUUACGGUAUAGGAUAGGAAACAAUGUACACGCACACACACACACACGCACGCACGCACGCACGUGUGUGGUGGUUGUGGCUGUGUGUGUACGGUGACGAGCGUCUGAUUACAUAACAGUUUAUAAGAUCAAUGUAUAGACAAAUGCUCAUAUAUUGUUAUUAUAUAUUUUGUCAUAAUUAUAAUAAGGACUGGUUUGACAUUCGGAGAUAUGUGUUAGUGAUACAUGAGUGUGUGUGUGUGGAACUCACACAGUCGCAGGUUUGUAAAUUCUUACUGUACGAUGUAAUACAAUAUGUGUGUGUGUGAGUGAUGUGUGAGUGGGCGCGUGUGUGUGUAUGGAUACUGAUGUAAGAUAACCAGUAACGUAUAGCAUGUAAUAAAAUAUUGCCAAAA